AACACAGCAAACGAACAGCUCUCUCUGUCUGAAGGAACAAACAGAAAGGCGACACGUAGGAGAGACAAGCAGCUGUAUCCCAAUCACCCAGAGAGAUUUGAGGACAGGAAACAGGUGCUGUGUAGAGAGGGUCUGACUGGGCGCUGUUACUGGGAGGCAGAGUGGAGUGGGAGAGGGGCUUACAUAGCAGUGACAUAUAAAGGAAUCAGCAGAAAAGGAGUGGGUAAUGACUGUGUGUUUGGAUUAAAUGACAAGUCCUGGACUCUGCUCUGCUGUGAGAACCGUUACACUGCCUGGCACAAUAAUAACUCCAAUACCAUAGCCGUUCCCUCCUCCAGCUCCCACAGAGUAGGAGUGUAUCUGGACUGGCCAGCCGGCACUCUGUCCUUCUACAGAGUCUCCUCUGACACACUGACCCACCUGUACACAUUCCACACCACAUUCACUGAGCCCCUCUAUCCAGGGUUUAGGUUUUACUAUGACACCUCAGUGUCCCUGUGUCAGGUGUAUGGCUGACCCCAUUUAGUCGACUGGUCGAUUGUUUGGUCGAUAGGCUGUUGGUCAGCCAAGAUUUAUAUAUAUAUAAAAAUGUUAUGGCACGUGAGACAGCUGUUUGAUUGACUUAUCCAUUGUGGAUGUAGCAGGGAUGGAACACCUUGUUAUUUAACCAGGUAGGCCAGUUGAGAACAAGUUCUCAUUUACAAAUGCGACCUGGCCAAGAUAAAGCAAAGCAG